UCUUCAUACUUUUUCAUUGUGUUUUCUAUCGUGUUCAUUCGAAAAAUCCAUGAAAAUCUAAAAACAUUUAUUCCGAUUUUUCGCCUUUAUCUUUUAUUAUUUACUUAAUUCCAGUAGAGUGUAUUGUAAUUUUGAACUUUCUUUCAUUUGUUGUGUUCUACAUUUAGACAAAAAAAAAAACAACUCUACUAGUGCAAAAUAUAAAUGUGUUUGUGAUUAAAUUCUUAUUUGACUUUUCCUUUGUUACUUGUGACUCAUAUUUUUUCAAUUAAAUUCUGCACUGUUAUCAAUGCUGGAAUUGUUAUCAUUAUUGACAAACAACGUAGAACCGUACAAUAUAAAUCAAUAAAAGUCAUUCGUUGUCACAAGUGAGUGAAAAGUGCGUAGUUUGCUCCAAAAUAUUUUCGAUUCACAAACAUAUAAAUAUGUGAUUGAAAAUCAUCCAACCAAAAGAUUUUUUCUACGCAAGAGAAAUGUUGACAAUUCCAUAAUGAAAAACUGAGAAGAAAACGGUGAACAAACAAAAUUAAUGCGCACAAAAAGUGCAUCGCUCAUUCGUUCACACAAUGAACGGUAUGGUGUUGAAUUGAACAUUGAACUCUCCAGUCUAUUGUGCAAAAAGCGUACAAAAUUAAUAAUUUAGCCAAAUGGGCGGCUGUAUGAGUAGUGAAAGUCGCAGCAAUAGCAGAAUGGAAUUGAGCGAUCCCAAUUCGAAUUUAUUUCGUGUGACAAAUGUCGAUGAUAAUGGUGUUGCACAAUGGAGCGGUCAUUUGACAAUAUCACGCAAUGAAAUAACAUUAUAUCGUAAAAAUUUGGAACCGACACGAUGGCCAUUGAAGUGUUUACGACGCUAUGGUUACGAUAUUGAUUGUUUUUCGUUUGAAGUGGGACGUCGAUGUGCCACUGGCGAAGGUAUUUAUGCAUUUAAAUGCAGAGGAGCGGAAACACUUUAUCAGACACUCGAAAAUUACAUUCAAACAUCAACGGUUGGCGACGAUGUAAUGGGUCUUUUACCGAAUUCAAAUUCAAUAAUAUCACGUACGGAUGCAUCAUCACCGAUGUCAACGCUAAGCAAUCAAAAUUCAACCACAAACAAUAUGAUUGGCUCAUACAUUUUACCCAAUUCACGUUCAUCAAACACAAAUAACCUGCGCAAUGUGACCGACGAUCAACGACGCAGCUAUGAUGCAUCUGAUUCAAAUUAUCUUGAACCAAUUGCGAAUCGAGCAAUGCCACAUUUUCAUACGCUACCGGAUGGAACCAUUGUCGUCGAAGCACCAUUGUCACCUGGUUCACCAAGCAGUUUGAACAAUAUACUCGAAGUGACUUCAUUAAAUCCAUUGCCAAAUACUGGACUGAAUAAUAAUGGUGUAAGCAAUGUGUAUCUAGAAUUUGAUUUACGCGGCAAUAACACCAGUGGUCGUGAUAAUUGUGUGAAAAAACUGUCACUCGAUAUUCCACCACAAGAAUAUGCACCGACCGUCAAUUUUUCAUCGUCAAACAAUGAGAUUCAAAAUCCUCAAGUGAUAGCCAAUGAAAAUAAAUUCAAUGGUAAUCAAACAAAUCUUCCUCAUUCACUACCAGUUUCACCAACACAAUCGAAUGAUGCAUCCGAUACGAUACCUACAUACGUAAAUGUAAAUGUAACACCUGGCGAAAUAUCAAGCACAGCAUCAACGCCAAAAGUUUUACUCAACGAUUACAGACAAAAUCAAAUAUUUCGAAAUAAUGCUAACAAUAACAAUUAUUUAGUCGAUUCAUCAAGUGCAACGCAUUGCUAUGAAAAUCUUGAACCAAAUGAAGUGCGACCGAUUUUAUUACGAAAUCGUCGUUUGUCACGUACGGAAAUGUUGGCCAAAGCUGACAGUCUUAUCAAUUCACCAACUACAAUAAAUGAAAAUAUUUCGGAACCAUCGACACCAAACAACGGAAGUGUUAACUACAUCGUACUUGAUUUGGAUCAAAGCCAUUCACAGACCACCAUAUCAUCUGCAACAGCAACAGCUUCAAAUUUGCAUGCCAAUACAGAUACUGCGUUGAGUUCACAAUCAUCGCCGAUUAAAAAUGCAAACGCUACUAUAUCAUAUACAAUGAGCCCAUCGGUUAGUGCAAGUACUCAUUCAGUGUUAUCAUUGAUGCUACCGGAUAGUCCUCAGCGCAAAGAAUUUGACUAUGUCACUAUUGAUUUUAAUAAGACACAUGCGUUGUCCAAUUCCAUUGCACCAUCGACAACAACCGAAUGCGAAGGAUUACGUAAAACACGACAUAGUUCUAAUGUUUUGCCCAAUGUUCCGCCUGCAGUUGCAGCAACAAACACAGCAUCGUCGCACAGCAAUUCGGUUAGCGAUUAAAUUGUAUGAAAAUGAUUCAAAAUUGCAAUAAAAAACAAAACCAAAAUGUAGAACAACAAAUGAUUCAUACGUAAGUCCAUAACAGUUAUGGAAGUCAUAAAUUGAGAGGCAAAAAAAGAAAUUAUUUUAUAAAUUCCAAAUUCAAUUAACUUUUGUAUGAGGAACAAUAUCGCACAGUAGGUGUGUGAACAAUUUCCCGUUCGAAUUUAUGUAAAUAAUUGGUAAUGGAUUUCUGAAGGAAACUCUCCGAGAUAUACAUUUUACAAAUUAAUAUUUCAUUUUAUACGGAGAAUUCCACAAGAGACUUCCACAGUAAUAGACGAAACAUAACAACAACAAACAAACAAAAAAUCGAAGAAAGAGUGUUAAAAUUUUAAUGACAAUAUUUUUUAUUGAAUCCGAAUUGAUAACAACAAAUACUCUUACUAAAACACGAAUCAGUCUUUUCUUUUGCCAAAGAUAUUCAAUUUUUAAAUGAUGAAACGAAACCAAAUACUCAAAUCGAAAAUAUGGCGAUUUUUGAAGACAUUUAAUUUAACAAAGACAUUAAUUUUAAGGAAUUAUGAAUUCGAAACAAAUUGAUACAUCGAACAAACUAAACAUCAAAACCAUAUUUGUUUUAGAAUGAGAGAAAAAAAAAUCAUAUAAAAAAUUAUUUCAAUGUUGUAUUCAUUUUAAAAGACUUUGUUUUAUAUAAUUCGGUUGAACAGACAAUUGAAAAAAUCAAUAUUUGAUGUAGUUUAAUUUUGAAUAGAAAUGAUUUUAUCAUGCUUUAAGCAGCUGUGUGAAUUGAUCAACAUCAGUCAUUUGAAUACUGAAAACUGUUACAAAUUAUAGUCAACUUAUAUCUAAGGCCCAAAGAAGCUCAUUUAUGGCUUUUAAAUAUUAUAUCCUUAUUAAGAGGCAGCUAAAUUUUCUAAGAAAAAAUGAAUAAGCCAAAGACAAGAGUCGAAAAACUCCAUAAAAAAACCAAUGAAAGCUUUGAACAUUUUGGAUACAAAUAGAUUUACCACUCGCGAAUAUUUUAAUAUGUGCGCGUAAUUUUCAGCAAUGAUUUUAUUUUUUUUUCAAAUCAAAGACAUCACACCAAAAUUUUACACUGGCACUAAACUGAAAUGAUUCGCCACUAACUGUUGGCGUUGAUUUGAAAAGAAUACACUGAAUUGUACGGUCUAUGUGAUUUGUCGCAAACAUAAAUUAUCUAUUGUAAAUACCAAAGAAUUAUUUAUUAAUCAAACUGAAAUAAUAAUAUAUGCGCAGCUAUAAUUUUAGGAAUAAAAUAAAAAAGAAUAAAAUAA